AUGGAAGCAAAUAAAGCCGAAGGUUUGAGGUGUAUUGAAUUAGCUGAAAAAGCCAUAUUAACCGGAGAUCAUGAUCGGGCUAUAAGAUUUCUUUCAAAAUCCCUCGAACUCUAUCCAACACAAAAUGCAAAAGAUCUUCUUGAAAGACUAAUGUAUACAAAUACACAAUCAUCGUCAAAUAAUGACACAGACCAACCACAAACAAAUGGUCAUGGAACUAGUUCGACCACAACAAGACAACGAACGUCUUCGACUAGAAGCCAUCCGAAUGCCCAUAAUAAUACAAACACCCAUUCAACAACAACGUCAAAUGAUUACACAUCCGAAGAAGUAGAAGCUGUUCGAAAAAUAAAAACGUGUAAGGAUCUAUAUGAAAUUUUGGGUGUACCAAAAACUGCUUCAGAUGCUGAUUUGAAAAAGGCUUAUCGAAAACUAGCAUUACAGUUUCAUCCAGACAAGUGUAAAGCGCCCGGCGCUACGGAUGCAUUUAAAGCAAUUGGGAAAGCGUUUGCAAUUUUGAGUGACGCUAAAAAACGCGAACAAUAUGAUUUAUACGGAACAUCGAUGGAGGCACCUUCAUACUCUCAGAACAGACGCAAUGGUCGAUCACAGCAAGCAUAUUACUUUGAAGAUGACGAUGAUUUCUCUGCCGAAGAAAUAUUUAACCUAUUUUUUGGUUAUACAGGACCAACUAACCGUGUAUAUCGGAGACGUCAACCAAACACAUUUCAUUUUACAACACAUUCAUCAUCAACAACAACAACGCAAAAUACAUCACACACGAUCGCACAAAUUCUACCUUAUUUAUUUUUAUUUCUUAUAUCAAUUCUUGGUACAUUAUUUGUUACGGAUCCGCAAUUUAUGUUACAUCGGACUGGUAAAUUUGUCAUUCCUCGAACAACACAUCCACAUGGUGUUCAGUAUUUUGUUAAACAAGAUUUCCCCAAAACACCAAGACCACAUGAACUCGAGAAACUUGAAGCAGCUGUUUUAGAAGAAUAUGUUUCAGAUCUAAAAAAUCAGUGCUAUAGAGAACAACAAUAUCGAGAGUCGAUGAUAUGGCGUGCAAGAAUGCUUGGUGAUAAAGGAUUACUUUUACAGGCACAAGGGGAACGAACACCAUCAUGUGAUAAGCUGAAUGAGUUUCUACGUGCUCGUGGUUAA